AUGGGAUUCCAUAUUCUAGUGACACACUCAAGAUUUUCUCUGAGUUUUACGAGAAGGCUGACGAAAUUGCGGACAACGUUACCGCUAAGUACAAGCCGCUGUUUGACGUCAAAGAAGUACUUCAGAAGAUAUUCCCAGAGAUUUAGAACCCAAUCUAGAAACCAAGUAGCGAUAAAGAAAGUGACGAUGGAUCUUCUCGAAACUCAAGUGGAAUCUCUUGAAGACAUGGAAAUCGCUGAAGCUUCAAACAGAACUGAAGAUUUACGUGGUAUCAAAAGUGAAACAUUGACAUCUUCUGAAGAUAUGGAAAUGGAAGGGUCUUCUAAUAAAAUUGAAGAUCGGCGUGGUAUCAGAAGUCAAACUCUGGCGCAAUCACGACGCAAUAUUAAUGAUAAUCAAUUGACGACCGAUGGAAUUAAGAUCGAUUCGGAGCGAAUUCAAGAAGUGGGAAAUAUUAGUUCUGUUAUCGAGAUUGUUGAGAAGAAUGGGAUUGAGGAAAGUAAGCCUGGAGCCUUCACAAGCACAGGCCAAAUACACAAAGAAAGAAUCACAGUUAUGAAAUCUUCGAAGUUGACUUCGCCAAUGUCAAAGGCUUCAUCUACAGUAUCAUCUCACCAAUAUUCCAACCGGGACAACUUACAUACGCCAAAAACCACCAACAUCCGUCUCAGAAUUCCUAAGGUGGACCCAACCAAACUACACACUGCAAAGAAAGAGAAUCGUGGUUCGGAUAGUCAAGGUAGUAAAAUGGCACAUGCUAAUGAACUUCGUUCGAAACUGUUGCUACUGAAAAAGGAGAAACUUCGCGAGGACAACGAAAGAAAGGCAUCGGAAGUCUUGGGAGAGGAAAAAGUCGUUGGAAGAGCAGAAAAUGAAGCAAAAGUCGUCUUCUCGACAUGGUGCAUCACACACUCUGUCAAGAAACAAAAAACUGGAUUCACCACAAACUUGAACAAAAUGACUUCUCAUCGUGGUGUCUGCCGGGGGAAUACAACAUCUGACUACGGUUUAGACGACUUGAACAGCGACAAUGACACGGACGAUGAGAAUAAACCACGAAAGGAAAUUCCAAUGUGGGCAGAAUUCAGUUUUGUGAAGCGUAGUGUUCGUGAGCACAUUGAGAAUCCUCCAUUCGAUCUGGAUGAGUUCUUUGGGAAAAUCGAAAAGCUUAAUGAUCUCAUUAUUCCAUUUGAAUCCAACCGGAUUUCCAUUGACAUCCAACUGAAAUCGAUGAUACAGUUUGUCAGUGAGCUUAUCAGCCAUGAGAGCAUUUUCACCAAUUAUGCUCUUGUGAUAUACUCGCCCUGUUGA